AUGUCUAACAAAACAUACAACGAUUUAAUAUGUGAUACAUCGGAACUUAUAUCAGAAGCAACUCAAAUAGAUGAAGCAGUUUUCGAAGCUGGUGUAGCGGAGCGUACCGUUUUUCAGCCACUUCUCUUAGAGUUACGAAUAAGAUACACGUUACUGGUUAGCAAAUUAGAUACGAUUUAUGAUCAACUAUUGCAGCCACAAAAGCGCUUAAUUGUCAAACGCCUUUUGGAAGCUUGCCUUGGCAGACUACUUGAGAUCAAAUAUGAUUUGGUCGAAUUAUAUUUGUCUGACUAUACGUAUGAUGACGAUGAGGUAUUACAAAAAUUACAAGUAACACCACAGGAAGCAGAGCCAUGUAUCCCUCAAUAUUUUAGAAGGGAAAGGGAAGAAGAAAUUGAGAUACAAAGAAAAUUCAUUACAGAUAUUCUGACAAAACUUGGACAUGAAAUUACUAAACCACCGUCAAUAGUACUAACAGAACAACAAGCAAUUAUUAUUAUCCAGAGCCAUGAAAGAGCUCGCCAAGGAAGGCUAAGAGGACAGUUUAUGAAAGAAAUUCGUCUUCUCAAAGAAAAGGGUAGGGACCAAAAAGGUGAAAUGUCAGCCACCGCUGCAACAGCCAUCCAGCGUGUGUGGAGAGGGUUUAUCACACGGCGAAUGACAAAGAAACGGAAGCGAGCGGAACAGCUGCUUAUUGGAAUGGAACUACCACCAUAUACCGAAUCUCAAGCAAUAAAGAAAGCAGAGGAGAUAAAAGAAAAUCGCCGCGCCCGGCAGAAGGAACACGAGAAGGAAUAUCAAGAAGCACUUGUAGCCAUAGAAGAACAAUUAAGGGCUCAACAUACAGAUAAAAUAAAAGAAAGAAUUGGCGAUGAAUUAAGAAGAUGGAUUGCGGAAUAUUAUGAAAGAACAAAUAGAUUACCAGAAUUUCCUUCAGAAGAAGGCGGUGGGAGUAGGGCUAUGUUCAGUAGGCAAGGCACUGGUGUUGAAAGUGAGCUAAGCAAAUCUUCUCCGGUAUCUUCUAAAGAAUCUAAAAAAAGCAAAGAAAGUAAAGACAAAAAGAGUACGAAAACAGAGGAUAACAAAACAAAAGAUGAAAUUGAAGACUUACAUAAUUAUAAAUGUUUGAACUCAUCAUUUCUGCAAGAUGUUAUAAAUGCCAACGAAGAGUUUGAAGACAUGUGGAAGUUCAGAGACGAUUACAGUGAUCAUGAAAGAUAUCAAAAAGACAUCAUUGAAAGAGAAAAAAUGGUUCUCUUAGAACAAGAAAUGAGAAAUAUGGUAGAUGAAAUGAUGAGGAGUGAACUGGAUUUGCUUCAAGCAGCUUUUGACAAAGACAGGGCUCAUAAGGGAAAAAAAGCUAAAAAACCACAAAAGAAAGUGAGACGAGGAGGUAAGAAAAGUAAAAAGAAGAAAGAAAAGGACUUAACUCCUGAUAGAACUACUGAAUCACUUUUCGAAGAAUUAGUAGCAAAUGGAAUUAUACGCCCAUAUCCAAUAGUGAAGAUUGACGAUUAUAUGGGUGAAAAAAACUUUAUCGGAUCUGAAAUGAGGAAACAAGGUCGAGAACCAACUCCAUGCUUGGGCGAUAUCCGACAACUCAUAAAAGAAUAUUGUAUUUUGCCUCUGGGUUCGGAACACGUUAAAACUAAUGCACCUCUAAUAAGAUCGGUUCUUCUAGCAGGUCCGUCUGGGAGCGGAAAAAAGAUGCUCUUGCAUGCAAUUUGCAGUGAAGUUGGAGCGAUGCUCUUUGAUCUGACACCGUCAAAUAUAGUGGGAAAAUACCCCGGAAAGUCCGGCCUCAUCAUGUUGAUACAUUUAGUAAUGAAAGUAUCAAGACUUUUGCAACCGAGUGUCAUUUGGAUGGAUGACGCGGAAAAGCCUUUCGUGAAAAAAAUACCUAAAACAGAUAAAACGGAUCCGAAGAGAUUGAAAAAGGAUUUAGCGAAAAUUAUCAAAGGUAUUUGUCCUGAAGAUCGAGUAUUGUUCAUCGGUACAUCAAGAAUGCCUUGGGAAGCUGAACAGAAACUGCUAUUCCAAUGUUAUACAAAAGUGAUUCAGAUACCAAGAGCUGAUUACGGAAGUAUUUCAUUGAUGUGGAGGACAAAACUCCAUAGAGCGGGCGCGUUAUCCCAACGACUUGACAUUUCUUGUUUAUCGAGAAUUUCGGAUUCUUAUACCAUAGGUACAUUACUAUCCGCAUUAGAUGAUGUUCUAACCACGAAGAGACGACUGCAAUUAAGAGUACGCGCAUUGACAGCACAUGAAGUUGCGGUUCAACUCAGUUAUAGAGAGCCGGUAUAUGCGGAACAUGACUCGGCCGCUGAAAUAUGGUGGUACAAAACACCUUUAGAAAGACGACGGCAAAAAGUACUUCAAAGGCUCGAGGAGUUGGAACAAGAAAACGAGGAAAAAUCUGCAGCAAAAUAA